AUGGAGCUGCCACUGCCACUUCGUGAUGUUACCAAGAACCUGGGCACCUGGAGCCCCAGCUCCCAGGAGGAGAGUCCUGAGGCUUCCCUAUAUAGCAAAGGUGUUGCCAAGAAGUUGCCUGAGUACAAGGCAGUAGUGGUCGGCACUAGUGGUGUGGGCAAGAGUGCGCUGACCAUUCAGAUGACCCACCAGUGCUUCGUGGAAGACCAUGACCCAACCAUCCAGGAUUCCUACUGGAAGGAGGUAGCCCUGGACAAUGGGAGCGGCUAUGUUCUGAAUGUGCUGGAUACGGCAGGGCAAGAUAUCCACAAGGCCCUGCGCAACCAGUGCCUGGCAGCUGGUGACGGGGUACUGGGUGUCUUUGCCCUUGAUGACCCCUCAUCUCUGGACCAGCUGCAGCAGAUGCGGGCCACCUGGAACCUUCGCCACACCCAACCCCUUGUCCUGGUGGGCAACAAGUGCGACCUUAUGACUGCUGCUGGAGAUGCACAUGACACUGCUACCGUCCUCGCCCAAGCAUGGGGGGUCCCCUUCGUGGAAACCUCAGCCAAGACAGGGCAAGGUGUGGAGGAAGCCUUUUCCCUGCUGAUUCGUGAGAUCCAGAGGGUCAAGAUGGCUGUGGCAGAGGAAGAGGCACAGAGGGCCCAGCGCCAGAAUGCUAUUUGUAGUUGUGGCUGCUGUGUGGCUUGA